CAUUUCCCCCCUUUGCCCUUUCAUUAUCGAAAACAACAAACCAAGAAGAACAGAGCAAGAAUCUAUCCCACAAACGGCUGUCUACUCUCCCCACCGUCCCCAUACACAAUCGAAAACCCCUCAAUUCCCCUAUCGCGAUCAGAUUUCCUCCGUGACAGCUCUAUUUAGCAGUAUUUGUACCGUUUAACUCCCGAAAUCCGCCCUUGUUCAAGUUCACGACGUCCGCACGAUGAACGGACUGGUGGGGAGACCCUCUGCUCGCCCUCCGGCCAAUCGCGAAGCCGAGGGGCGUGGCUCCGCGUUCCACCGCUCCAGUACAACGGUCGAGGCGAUAUUGUUGAUCUAUCUGCUCGUGUGAUCGUCGGUAUGGUGAGAGUGUGCUAGCGCGUUCGCCCGAGUGACUUUAGAAACGGCGAAACUGGCUACGGUCAAGCGGGAGAGUGACCAGGACUGGGACGAGACCAGCGGUAGGGAGUUCGGGGAGGACUUUAAGAUGGUGGAGACGACGACUCGUCAACCUGGUGUGUCCAGAGGCGGCGGGAAUUUUUUUGGUGGCUCCGGACACGGGUUUAUGGGUGGUAUGUUUUUGGGUGAUGACUUUCGGCCGGCGUUCAAGAAUGGGAUGACAGAGGCGGCGACUGCUGGGGGUAGUGGAGGUUCGUUGUUUACUAUAGACAGUAUUUUGGCGCCGACUAGGCCGAAGCCGGCGGCUGUUUCAUCGCAACAGCAGAGGCCGGUGUUCCAGCAUCCUGGGUUCAAUUUGGGGCAUAUUGGAGGGUUUGGUGCUGCUUCGGCGGAUUUCUUAGCUAUGGCAUACCCUGGAUUGUAUCCAGGAUACGUCCACGCUUUAGCUGCAGCCUCCCAAGCAGCUUCUUUGGCUAACGUGGGACACCAUCACAACCCUCAUCAACCUCCCAAGAGGAAAAGGAGACAUCGGACAAUUUUUAGUGAAGAACAGUUGGAACAACUCGAGGCCACUUUUGAGCAAACACAUUAUCCUGAUGUGGUCCUUAGGGAACAGCUCGCUUUGAAGGUUGACUUGAAGGAGGAGAGAGUAGAGGUGUGGUUCAAAAACAGGAGAGCAAAAUGGCGGAAACAGAAGAGAGAAGAACAGGAACGUCUCAGAAAACUCCAAGAAGAAGACUUGUGCAGGGCCGAUCAGAUAAAGUUCGAGCAUCAAUCUCAAGCUUCUCAUUUCAGCGGAGAUGAUUCUUCAGAUUUGGAGGUAGCCUGAGUAUCCCUCUUCCAAAUCCGCCAUCAAAGUGAUCUAGUCAAGAAUGGUACAGAUUGAAUAUCAAUGACCUUAUUCCUAUCUGAAAAAUAUCCAAGUACACAUCUGACCCAUUAUCCUGCUUGAUAUGAAUGUGUACUAAGAUUUUUUUUUCUUUCUCGAAAUCCAAGAGUUUCUGUUUUCCCUCUGUAUUCAGAUGUACCCUGUAAAUAUAUCGAGAUUUGUAUGAAUCUAGGUAAUCUAACCACCUUUGUGUAUAUUGAUAGUUUAUUAUGUCCAUUAUUGUUGUCUCUUACAUUUAUUCGAUGUAAAUUAUUCAUUUCACGUGAAAACACUUGUAAUAUAGCUCUUUAUGCAUGUGUAAAUAUAGUUUUACGGAACUCUGUACUGAAUUGUAUCUAAACUGGAAGAAAUUCUUCUGUAACAAGUGAAUGGAUGACAGUAUAGUACAUUUUGUGUUCGAUUAUGUACAUAUUGAUAGGUGUUUGAGGUAUUACAUUAUGGCGUUUGCUAUAUUGUCUAUGCCCUUCUCAAUCGUUCUACUAUAUUAUGUAAUUUAUUUGUUUAAACUUGUUUGUUGAGUAAAUAUCAUGAUUUUUAA